AUGAUGAUUGGAUGACUUCUUUUGCCCAACCUAACGUAGACCAGAGUGGACCUCGAUCUGCUGGAGCUGAUACCGGCGUGGUAUAAAAUUUCGUACUUUUUUUACUUGAUUUUUGAAUCAAUACAAGAAAAAUGGUUGAACAACAAAGAAAAAGGAUUGAGGACACCAUGACUAAAAUGGUUGAGGAGAUUGACAGGACUUAUCUUAGGAAGAUGCAGGGUGAAAUGCAUUUGUGUGCAGCAAAGUGCUGCAGUAAUGGAACGCAAAGUGUACAAAGUGUACACAGUUGCGUGGAACAAUGUAGUACAACAUUAAACAAGGCACAACAAUAUGUUCAAGGAGAGCUCGAGAGAGUACAAAACCGAUUACAACGUUGUGUUAUGGAAUGUAAUGAUAAUAUCCGUACAGAGAUGGGUCCAAAUCCCACGCAAGAUGAAGUGAACAAGUUUAGUGAACAAUUUGAAAAAUGUGCAACUAAAUGUGUUGAUACAUACUGUGACUUAUUACCUUCUUUAGAGAAGACUAUGAAAAAAGUAUUAGAUAGUAAACGAUUUGAUCAAUGAGACCAUCCAUAUAGAUAACAUAUGUAUAUUGAAUAGCAAAGACAAAAAUCUGUCAUCGCUUCAGUUGGUAAAUAUAUUUUGAAGAGUCCCUGGCCACACGGUCUUUAGAAUGUUUAAAGUCUAAUGUAUAAAGAUUGUUCAUAAUAUUGUAUGAUACUAUACCUGUAAAUACAAAUUACAAUGAUCCAACCAA